AUGUUGAUAUUCUUGUCAUGCAGCUCACUUUACACUCUUGUUGGACUACUGCUCUCUCUCCACGUUGUGGCAUUAAGUUUGACAAACACCAUGAGUUAUACUUACCCCAAAGUAUGGAGUUUCCCUCCCUUUUUCACAAAACAGCCCAACAAGGAAACCUACGAUACGCAGGUAAACGAAUGGAUCAAAAUAAUACAUGAAUACUGCAAGUCUUGUAAGGUUUGGAAAAUCACAAGAGAAUGUCCUGUUUUCACCAACACGGCAAUACGGCGGCAGCUGGAGACGUCCUUUAUCGAGGAGAUCUUUCGGGAACUGGAGAGAAGGGGCGGUGGGAGUAUAGUUAGCGAUGGGGUCUAUAUAUGGUGGUACACACUUGAGGAGUGGAGCAGCCGUGUCUACGAGUGGGUUGAGGACAACGGGCAGAAGGGGGUUAUGAUGACGGUCUUUGAGCUGGAGGGCCAGUUUGACGGGAUGCCGUACGAUAUGAUGGAGAAGGUGCUCAAAAGACUCGAGAAGCAGGGGAAAGUCACCACGGUUGUAGAGAGGGACGAAAUUGUUGGUGUUAAGUUCUAG